UCAUUCAUCAGCGAAACUUCAUCUAUAUAAAUUAAAAAUUAUAUUCCAUAAUAUUAUAUUUAUACAAUGAUACAAUCUAUAUAGGUGUACAUUUAAAUUUAUGACUUAUGCUUAUACUACAUACAUUUAUUAUUUUAUUCUAUUAUCAAUAAAGUUAUAAUACAUUUAUUACAAUUAUAAAAAAGCAUAAUAAUAUAAUACCUAUAAACUGUACUACUACUACUAUUUGUUUUUUUUUUUAUACCUAGUUUAGUUAUUAUAAUUUUAUCAAAUAUUAAAAUAUAUUAUACUGUAUUGUAUAGAAAUCUGAGGAUAGUAUAUACAUUAUACAUAAUAUCAUGCAUAAUAAAAUUAUAUAUUAUCAAUGACCGAAAAAAUUACAGGCACAGUAUAAGCCCGGCAACAAGCAAUGCCACACAGAUUAAACAUACACAUAAAUGAAACAUCAGCUGUAAUAGGUAUCGGUGACAUAUUCUAUAGUUCUAUACAUUAAUAAAUCAAUGUCUAAACGUUUACCCCUAAAAUAUUGAUGACCAUUUCUUCAGCCAGUUUGUGUGUCAUCAAACAAGUUUGAAAUACGACAAAUACACUUCUACGGUUACGGGGCAAGGGUAAUACAUACAAUGUUGUGGAACCAAUUACAGGCAGUAGCCAAUGGAGUCAGCAGAGUGGCAUGAAACCGUUUUUGUGAUUGGUAAAAGAACAAAUGCUGGAACAUUUGACAAUGGGAAUUGCAAAGUGUUUGAUAAAAAUGGAUAUCACUGGAUUGUUGAUCAACAGUUUUACAAAAAAUUAGAACUACCCGAAGAUCCAUGUAAAUGGGAUCAGGCACAUGUAUGUACUUGGAUGAAAUGGGCUAAAAUUGAAUACAACUUAACUAAUUUAAAUAUUACUGAAUCAACAAUAAAUGGCAAACAGUUAACUUCGGACAAUUUUUGUUGGAAUAUAACUGGUUUAGAAGAUAAGUCUUCAAAAGAUGAUUUUUGGACACAUGUCUGUCUGCUAAAAACUAUGCACAAAGUAUACAUUAAACAAAAUGAUGAAGGAUGUAUCAAUAUACAUGCACUUUUAAACUAUAAAAAUAAAAUGUAUUCAAAUUCUGAUUUUAAUCAUGAUGUUGAAAUUUGGCAAUUUUUACUAAAUUUAUUAACAGAUAGUGAAUAUCAAAAUGUGAUUGAAUGGAUUGAUAAUGAAGGAACAUUCAAAAUAAUAAAACCAAAUACUGUUAGUAUCAUGUGGGGUUUGGUUAAAAAUAACUGGAGAAUGGAUUAUAAUAAAAUGGCUUCAGCAUUAAGAUACCAUUAUGGAAAAGGUAUUAUAGAACGAGCUAAAGGAAAACAUGUUUAUAAGUUUGCUGGUGAUAUAAAAACUAUGAUUGGUCAUAGUCCUAUGGAUAUGAAGAGUAUGUUUCAACAAAAAUCUAAAAAAGGUACCUAGUAAUUGUAUUAUUAUGUAAACUAUAUGUAAAAUAAUCAGUUUUAAUUAAAUAAUUAGGCUGUAUACUUGUAUACCAUAUAGAACUGCAAUAUUUGGUACAUAUUUACAAUUUAAAAAAGUGUUGUGAGCUAAGAAACCAUUUAAACUAAAAUUAGUGACCUAAAUAAUUAUUAUUUUGUGUAAGUUUAAUUAAUUAUAUGAACAAACUGAA